CUAUACAUGUGCGACCAAAUGCUCGGCCUCGAUUGUCCCCGCACGGCACGUCUAUUGCUUUUUCUUGUACGAGAACUUCAAGGUGUAGUUGGCGGGGAGGGGAAGAAUCGGGUAGCGCUGAUGGACACGAUUGGGGUCCUGUAAGCACACAGCAGCAGAGACAGGACAGGUACCAGCCAUUCAGCAUGGCGGCAGGGGCUUUUUUAAUCACGCACGUACCAGCAGGCAGCAACUACAAUGGAUAAAGAAUAAUACACAGGCCGUAGAGAGAGAAAGAAAGAUAGACACAGUCUCUCGCUGCGAUGAUAUGUAGGUAUGUAUCGGCAAGGGUGUAGCAGCACAAAAACCAAAAACAUUGCCCCCUCCCUGUUCCAUACAGACCCACCCACAUUACUCGCUUUGUGUAUCACUCUCACUCCUGCUGCUAUCUGUCCCGUCCUCUCUCUCCCUUGCAGCCAAGAACCUGCCCGCCACCCUCUUGGCCACAUCGGGACGACGGAUCCAAUACAAGUUCUGUCGCUUUCCAAACUCAAACGCUGACGUGCCCACAUCAAGCCGAGCCGCCCUAAGUUCUGGCCGGGUCUCCUCUAUUUUUUCUAAACGCUUGCCAAUUCCCUCCACCCUAAAGACUACCUCUCUCUCCUCUAUUUUUCCCUUAGGAGGGGCGGGCCUGAAAAUGCCCUCCGCUGUCGCACUGCUGCCUGGGCUCACUGGUGGUGCGCUUGUUGUGCUUGAGCCUGUUGUGCCCCUGCCUGUCUGCUCGCUUCUAGGAGGAUUGCUGGCUGGCGCCUCUGUCUCACCAGAAGAAGGAGUGGGCGACGCGGUAGUGGCUGCCUCUGUCCGAAGCGGGCCAAUCGGCACCACCCCCUCUUGUGUUCUGACAAGAGUGACGUUGUCUCCUCCCUGCUCCUGCCUAGGGCCUGCCUCAUCCCCGCCUGUCUCUGUCUCUGUCUUUCUCUCCCCUGCAGUACCAGACGAGACAUCUGCACCAUAACUGCCCGCUCCUUCUGCCCCCCCGCCCCCUUCACAUUCACGCACGCCACCAGUGGCCCCCCCGCCCCCCGGAUCGGGUAUGUACGGCACGACAGGGAACCCAUGCACCUCUAGUGGCUGUACCUUCUCUUUCUUCUCCUUCUUCUUGCCGGGCGUCUUGUAGAUGAGGGUGCCUGCAGGAACCGCCAUGACGCACUUCUCCCUUUUCUCGUCCAGCACAAAGCCACCGUCCUUCACGUGCUCGCACUCCAAUGCCGGCUUGUAAAUCGUUACCUUGGCGCACGCCUUGUUCUGUGCGUUGUAAUAGCUGACGCACAUACGCACGUACGCACAUACGCAGAGAGAAAGAGGUAUCCGUAUAUUCUGCGGCUUCUCUCAUCCACUCACCCCUUUGGGCAUUCAAUCUUGAGUACAUCCUUUUCCUUGACCUGGUCGACACAAUCGCCCGUGAGGGGGUCCAGUUUAAACUUGUAAGGGCACCGUAUCUCUGCGUCGUCGAUCUUGUGCUUCACACAAGCGUCGAACUCCGCUCGAAAAUACCAACCCUGAAAAGGGUUUCGCAGAGGCCACGAGAGACAUGAAUUGCCUGUCCCUGGGCCUACCUCAUGGCAAUUGUCCUUGGCUUUCGGUGCUGUGCCCAUGUACUGCUUGCAAGUGAUGCCCAGUUUGUCCAUAGUGUAUCCCUCCGGGCACACACUCAUGAUCUCGCAGUGCUUCUUGAAGCCCGGCUUGACGUGCUCCUUCUUGUCUCCCAGCAGCUUUCGGCCAGGUGCGGUCCCAAAGCCCUGCUCCCACAUCUUGACCAGAUCCAUCUCGCGAGGGUCAUUUUCUGGAUUGUCCGCUGUCCCUGGGUUGUCUUGCUGGGCCUCGAGGGCCCUCCUCUUUUUCGUGUCGUCUGGCUGUUUGGUGCUGAUGUAGGAGCAGAUCUCUUGGUGGUUUGGCGGCACCUCGUUGAUGAUGAUGCACACCUCCAUCUUGCCCUCGGUCUCCUUCUGCACCAAGGCACACAAACGCACUGUGCAUCUAUUCGCGGCUGUACAUGUGUCGACCUUUUUGAAGCCUUCGGGGCAGUAGGUAUUGGGAAAGUAGACUUCGUUCUUGAUGCAGUAGGCAAAAGGCCCCUUUGGCUGCUCCGCCUCUUUCUUGUGGGGCUCUCCUUUCGGGCUGUGGUAGCUGGACUUGUACGCAUCCUCAACCGGAUACUUGGACUCAAUCCUCCACCAUCUGCCGCACACAGACCGAACACGCAGGAAAAAAGAGGUGGGGACAGAUGUAGGCAUGUGCGAUGGUGCCUGCAGCCGACAAGGGCUCACGUACUUUGGCUGGCCUUCCUUGUGGCCGCAUUGAGGGCUGGGGGGCUCCCGCUUCUCCCCCACACACUUGUACAAGAGCACAUCGGGAUGGAGACCCUCCGGACACUCCUGCACAUGAUUGAUCAAUCAUGAUCAAUCAACACGGCUGAAAAUGAGGGAAGGAGAAAACAGGCAGGCAAAAUGCCUUGACACUCACUAUUUUGACAGGCUCUGUCUGGUCAAACAUGUUGACGUAGUGGCACUGCUUAGUAACAUAAUCAAGCCGUUCAAUCGCAUCUUUGGUCUUCUUCCCUGAACACACAUAAGACAUGAGCAAGCUCGUCACCAUCGACACACUUGCCGUCCAUACAUCCUCCCCAAACCAAUCUACCUGCGAGGAACUUCAGGCAGUGCCUGAUGGGUUCGACUUCAACGAUGGUGCCCUUGGGCACCACAAAGGGCUUCUCCGGUAGCUUGUGCUUCUUCGCGUUGUCUUUGUCCUUGUCAGACGUCGCCAUGAUGAAGUUUUCCCCGUACCCGCCCAUCGACAGAGUGAGGGGCGUGUCAAAGUCCAUGGGGGUGAGCGUGUCGGCGUCGGCAGCAGCUUGUUGGGCGGCGAGCCUCUUACAGAUAAGGGAGAGAAGGAAGAAACGCAGCAUCGCGGCGGGAGAAUCAUUGGGCAGAUGAUGACCGUGAC